GAAGGAAGACACUGCCUCCUGGUUUUUAAUUGAGACGCCCUGGCACCAUGAGAGAGAGGGAGAGUGAGAGAGAGGGGGCCACAUCGAGGGCAGUGUGAGACGAGAGAUGCGUUUUAAUGACUGCCCCCAUUCAGCUCAACGAUAUAAAAGUUGCUCAGAGGGGUGUGCAAGGGCCCCCUCGCUUACUACGGCAAUCGCCCCGCGUCGUAGGUGCGUCGAACUGCAGCAGUGAUCACCCAAUGCCUUCGCCACAAGUGACCCCGGGGGUGGAGCGCGCCCGCCUCUUCCUAAGCGACGAGGGCGAUGGAGCGCCCCCGCCGCAGCUCUUCACCGAGCUGGACGAGCUGCGCCCCAGCCACGACGGCCAGGACAUGGAGUGGAAGGAGACGGCCAGGUGGGUGAAGUUCGAGGAGAAGGUGGAGGCGGGAGGCGAGCGAUGGAGCAAGCCCCACGUGGCAACGCUGUCGCUGCACGCGCUCUUCGAGCUGCGAUCCUGCAUUCAGGUCGGGGCCGUGCUGCUCGACCUGGAGGCGCUCACGCUGCCGCACAUCGUGGACCUGAUGAUAGGAAGCCAAAUCGCGAGCGGACAGCUGCGGAGCGAGCAGAGGGACAAGGUGACCCACGCGCUGCUGCGGCGACACCGCCACCAGACCAAGAAGUCCGGGCUGCGCUCCCUCGCGGACAUUGGGAAGUCGGUCUCUGGCACGAGCAGCCUCAACGGCAGUCCGCGGAAAUCGACAGCAGCCGGCAACGGCAGCGAAAUCCUGGAGAUUCCUGGGAAGGACCAGAUGAAAAACCGGUUCAUCAAGAAGAUUUCGCGCGACGCCGAGGCCUCCAACAUCCUGGUGGGUGAGGUCGACUUCCUGGAGGCGCCUUUCGUGGCGUUCGUUCGGCUCCAGACGGCCACGACUCUCGGAGGGCUCACAGAGGUGCCCGUGCCCACCAGGUUCCUGUUCGUGCUCAUGGGACCCAAAGGCAGGGCCAAGGAAUACCACGAGAUCGGCAGGGCCAUGGCCACGCUCAUGUCCGACGAGCUGUUCCACGACGUGGUGUACAAGGCUCGUGACCGCAAGGACCUCCUCCUCGGCAUCGACGAGUUCCUCGACGAGGUGAUCGUGCUGCCCCCCGGGGAGUGGGACCCCACCAUCCGUAUCGAGCCCCCCAAGAACAUCCCCUCUCCCGAGAAACGGAAGUCGCAACAUUCCCUGGCGGAGGUGACGCGGAUGAACGGGAGCAGCGGCGGCGGUCACGGGGGAGGAGGAGGGGGAGGGGGCGGUCACGGCGGCGGCGGCGCUGGAGGUCACGGUGAAGCUCCGGGAGGUCACGGCAGCCACGGAGACGAACUGGAGAAGACCGGCAGAUUCUUUGGGGGGCUCUUCAAGGACAUCAGGAGGAAGCUGCCGUGGUACAUGAGCGACUUCUGCGACGCCUUCAACAUCCAGUCACUGUCGGCCAUCAUCUUCCUCUACCUCGCCACCAUCACCAACGCCAUCACCUUCGGGGGCCUCCUGGGAGACGCCACCGAGAACAUGCAGGGCGUGCUCGAGAGCUUCCUGGGCACGGCGAUCGCGGGCGGCGUCUUCUGCCUCUUCGCGGGGCAGCCGCUCACCAUCCUGAGCAGCACGGGGCCCGUGCUCGUCUUCGAGAGGCUCCUCUUCAACUUCAGCAAAGACAACAGCUUCGACUACCUGGAGUUCCGCCUGUGGAUCGGCCUGUGGUCGGCGUUCUUCUGCCUCGUCCUCGUCGCCACCGACGCCUCGUUCCUCGUCAAGUACUUCACGCGCUUCACCGAGGAGGGCUUCUCGGCGCUCAUCUCCUUCAUCUUCAUCUACGACGCCUUCAAGAAGAUGCUCAAGCUGGCCGACUACUACCCCAUCGACCCCGACUACAGGCCCGAGUACGUCACCUCCUACGGCUGUACCUGCCUGCCACCAGUGCCAGGGAACGCCACGGCUCUCGCAAACGACUCGGCCGCCACGACGCCCUACGACCUCGGCUACGCUCUCAACGUCACCCUGCCGCUGUUGGCGAACGCGACGUCGAUGGCCGACGUGGAUUGGGCCCACCUGGGCAAGAAAGCCUGCCUGAGGCUCGGGGGCUCGCUGUCCGGGCCCUCGUGCAAGUACGUGCCCGACAUCUCGCUCACCUCCUUCAUCCUCUUCCUGGGCACCUACUCCUGCUCCAUGUCGCUCAAGAAGUUCAAGACCAGUCGCUACUUCCCGACCAAGAUCCGAAAUCUCGUGAGCGAUUUUGCCAUCGUGCUGGCCAUCCUGAUCUUCUGUGGCGUGGACGCCAUGGUGGGCGUGGACACGCCAAAGCUCAUUGUCCCCAAGGAGUUCAAGCCAACGAGCCCGCUGCGCGGAUGGUUCGUGAAGCCGUUCGGCGGCAACCCCUGGUGGGUGUACAUCAUCUCGUCGGUGCCCGCGUUGCUCGUCACCAUCCUCAUCUUCAUGGACCAGCAGAUCACGGGCGUCAUCAUCAACCGCAAGGAGAACAAGCUGAAGAAGGGGGCGGGGUACCACCUGGACCUGUUCUGGGUGGCGGUGCUCAUGGCGCUGUGCUCCUUCAUGGGGCUGCCCUGGUACGUGGCCGCCACCGUCCUCUCCAUCGCCCACAUCGACAGCCUCAAGAUGGAGACCGAGACCUCGGCACCUGGCGAGCAGCCCAAGUUCCUCGGAGUGCGUGAGCAGAGGGUGACUGGGGUUGUCGUCUUCCUGCUCACGGGGUUCUCUGUCUUCAUGGCUCCAAUCCUCAAGUUCAUCCCGAUGCCCGUCCUCUACGGAGUCUUCCUCUACAUGGGAGUGGCGUCUCUCAACGGAGUCCAGUUCAUGGACCGGAUAAAGCUCUUCCUGAUGCCUGCCAAGCACCAGCCGGACUUCAUCUACCUGCGGCACGUCCCUCUGCGCCGGGUCCAUCUCUUCUCCUUCGUCCAGAUCCUGUGCCUCACGGUGCUGUGGAUCCUCAAGUCCACCGUCGCUGCCAUCAUCUUCCCCGUCAUGAUCCUGGCCCUGGUGGCCGUGCGCAAGGGCAUGGACUACAUCCUGUCUCAGCACGACCUGGGCUGGCUGGACGACGUCAUGCCCGAGAAGGACAAGAAGAAGAAGGAGGACAAAGAGAAGAAGAAGAAGAAGAGCAGCAAGCCGGGCGAGGACAGCGACGACGACGAGGAGGAGCAGGCGCAGCCCGGCGGGACGGAGGCGGAAGAGUCGGUGGUGAAGAUCCAACUCGAGACUGCAGAGCUGCAGCCCUUCCUGCGGCAGCAAGGUGACGACGCCCCCACAAUCACGGAGCGCCACACCACGUGUUGAUGCGGCGGCGCACACGAGCCACUCCCGGACAGGUAGUGUUCGUGCUGACGUGGCCACUCCGUCUCCUCCGCCACGCCGCCACCCGCGCGCCUCUCCCCCCCCCUCCCCCUCCGUGAAAACGACUGAAACGCGCUGCGCUUUAAGAUACGGCUGUAAUAAGCGAAAGUGCUGAAGCCAAGUCAAUAUAACCCCGUCGUUAAAACGCAGUCAUUAAUGUAAACGGAGACGAUCGUUGUUCGCUAACACACACGGCCGUCGGAGUUUGGUGGAAUUACGCGACGGACGUUUGGCGGAGAGAUAAGCGCGCGGCGGCCGCGUUGGCCAACGCCACGCGCAACAAGAUCCCUCGGCCGCACCAUGCUGCUUCAGCUGCUUCAGCUGCAGCAGCUGCAGCAGCUGCUCAGGUCCCUGCUGCUGCAACCAUCUCACAUCAGCUCCAACAGAGCCACCUACGCAACGUUGUACUUUUGCGUUUCAAUUCUUCCUCCACGUGGCUAUUUCCCCGCCCGCCCGCCCGCCCCCCCCACCCCGAGGAAGAGCCACGAGUUUCUGCGUACACUUUGGGAGAACCAAGCAUUUCUACGCGAAGAUUGGUGCUCGUGCGUGUGUUCGACGGCAGAGAAACGUUGCCGAUUUUUAUUUUGUUUUCCCUCUUUCCUGGGUCGUGCGAUUUCUGCCGCAAACGCUGCGGUGAGUCGAGGAGCAGCGCGGCGCGUAGACGUUCGGGCGACGUUCAGGCGACGUUCGGGCGACGUUCCCACGCGAUCACGUCGGCAAACGGCAUUCGCCCUCCGAAGGAGGAUGCGGUGCACACAUUCGCCUUUAGGUACCGGCGACUUUAUUUAUUUACACUUAAAAAAUAAAUCAUUCGCUCCGUUGUAGAACUGAUUAUAUUUAAAAAAAUAUAUAGAAUUUUUAGUUUAAAAAAAUAAGCGGAAGUGCAGUUUGAAAUGUUGCGUGCUCUGUUCGAAGAAAAAAAAUGUGUUUUAAACAGUGCACCGUAAACCUGUAGAGCCAUUCUUAUUUUAGAAUAUUCACUUGAAUUCACGAAUCGCGCGCUAAGCAUAUUUUUAUAUCGGCUUAACGAAAACUUUUUUAGUCGUAAGCGAAAUGAUAACUUUAACACCACCAAUUAAAAUUUGCACACUGUAAUACUAUAUACUCAAAAGUAGUCUGAAUAAAAUACACACUAUAACGUCAGUUAAACCAGUGGCACUUCACAUCAGUGUAAACACGUCAUAGGCUUUCGCAACUCAUGUUACAUAAUUUUUUUUAGGUCAGAUGGCUUAAGUAAAAUGUGUGUCUUACACCCUCCUCCACCUGACACAGACAAUUAAGUUGUCACGUGAACAACCGUGCGACGUUACAACUGCUUCAGCAGCACAAUGAUCAGUGGUGUUGGGACAGCAAUCUAACAACAUUGAACAAUUUUCACAUUUCUAAUGGAAACUUUAGCAGGUAGAGGCCACUGUGCUACGAGGUCUGUUUCAGGGGCAAGUUGGGUCACACACGAUAUCAUCAGUCAUCACACGUGGGAAUUCAUUGUCGUAAUCAAAGUAAACUGAAUACAUACAUGUUUCUGAAUGUGGAGGGCAAAACCGGAGGACCCAGACAAAAACCCACGUGACCACAGCCAGAGAACAUUCCAAAUAUACAACCGUCUUGCAUAGCAGGCGAGGGAGAUAACAUAUGCGUGGAUUGCGAACGACACAGCUGGUGCUGCUGAACCACAAAUAAAUUUGCAGAUUGAUCGGCACGUGACCACUUUAUGAAUUGGCUAUGUCGGGUGGUGGAGGGUGUACGCCACACACUUUACUUACCGCGGCCAUCCGACCUAGACACCGAUUAUGAAAUUUCCAUCGGGGUUUAUUUUCAGUGGCGCUCUGCGUGCCCCGAGUGGCCGGCUCGACGAUGCACGCGCUCAUUUCACGGUGCUCACUGGGUUCACGGUGGCGCAACAACGCUGCCAAUCUUACGGGGAGUCGGGGGGGGGGGCAGACCUGGGAUGAGAGGUGGGGGGGGGGCUUGUCGCCUCCCAACCCCCCUGCGAGACCUCGCCCUGGCCAUGCCAUGUGUACCGUGACAGACGGCCCAACUGUGCAACUGUAAUAGUGGCACCGCUGGGCAUAAAAGCAAACUAAAAAAACCGAAAUAAUUCCUCCACUGGGUCCCCACCCCCCUCCCCCUAAUGGGGCCCGGGCACCGGCAGUGCACCGUUGCACGUGUGCCGUGCACAGCAGAGCGAGGGCAGGAAACGUGUUCACGCGGGAUGACCUCGCCACGUCAGUUGGGGCAGCGAGGACGUUCCAAUCUUGACGUUCCGAUGGGGCUGCAAGUCCCCCCCCCCCCACCCACCCCGGUUCUUAAGUAGUUGUGGACUCCUCCGUGGGGGGGUGGGGGGGGGCGAGCGCAGACCGCGACGCGGGGGGUGGGGGGUGCUUACCGAACAAAAGGACGGCAGAGCGAACCGGAGGAGGCGCCACACUUGAAUGGCGCAGCGUGCGCGCCCGAGCCGUGGUUGGUUGGCGUGGAACCGUCUCGGGAUAUCGCCGCUUGUUAAACACCGGUGACAAACAGAACAAAUGGAUUUCAAAAUGACAGGUAUUAGAUUGUUUUUUUUUUCCAUUUAACUUGUUGGAAAAACUGCGUAUAAGAAUAAAGAAUUUAACAGUGCUUA